AUGACCCGGCCUACUCAAAUGAAAAAUGACAAGACGCAAUGGAUAAUUUAUGUAGGCGGAUCCGCCACUCAAAAUGGGUGUGGUGCAGGCAUCAUCUGCGAAUCACCAGAAGGAGACAUAUAUGAGUAUGCCAUGUGUUUCAAAUUCCAAGUGUCAAAUAAUGAGGCCGAAUACGAAGCAUUAAUAUGUGGGAUCCAAAUGAGCAAGGCGGCAGGAGCAGAAGAAAUUUUGGCCUUAUCCGAUUCUCAGCUGAUUGUCAGUCAAGUAAAUGGAGAAUAUGAAGCAAAGGAUGACGCCAUGAUAAAAUAUUUGGAAAUCGUCCGUCAAGAGAUACAGCCACUAACAAGUUUUGAGGUACAGCGUAUACCCCGGGCUGAGAACAACAAAGAAGACGCCUUGUCCAAAUUCGCCAGCUCCGCGUCCUGCGACACCCCACGGCAUGUGUUCUGGGAGGUGAAACAAAGUAAAAGCAUUGAUGUCAUAAAAACGGCUGUCCUGGACCGGACGCCUACUUGGAUGGAUGACAUAGUCAACUACAAAAUGAACGGGAUACUUCCAGAGGAUCCUAAACAGGCGGAGAAGCUGCAAAAGAAAUGCUCUUGGUUUGAGAUGUGGAACGGGACCUUAUACAAGAAAGUCUUUUCUCGGCCCCUUCUCCGUUGUGUAACCCCAGGAAGUUUUGGAAGACCUACAUCAAGGGUUAUGCAGCUUUCACAUAGGAGGAAGGGCUUUGGAAGAAAAAUCUCUAAGGACUGGCUAACACCUAUCACUAGUCCCAUACCAUUUGCUGAAUGGGGAAUGGAUUUGUUGGGCCCUUACACCAUGGCACCAGGUGGGGUACGCUAUGUCAUAGUAGUUGUUGACUACUUCACCAAAUGGGUGGAAGCUGAAGCCCUGAAAAACGCUAAGGCACAGGAUGUGAGAGCUUUCAUUUGGAAAAACAUCAUCACUCGAUUAGGCGUCCCCCAAUCUAUUGUCUUUGAUAACGGGCCACAAUUCAAAACACCCAAGUUGGAAGGUUGGUUGGCCGACCACGGCAUCACAACCUAUUUUACGUCUGUCGACUGUCCCCAAGCCAAUGGGCAGGUUGAGGCAUUCAACAAGACCAUUUCUGAAGGGAUGAAGAAAAAACUAGACGAAGCUAAAGGAUUGUGGGCAGACGAGUUACCCAAUGUCUUCUGGUGA